AUGGCUUCGCUAUCCCUCCUGUUGCUGGCUCAGGAGGCGCUCUCAGUCGUACACUACUUCCGAACAUUGGAACUCCCCUGCCCAGGCGACGUCUUCCCUUGGCUCUCCUCAAACCAUCAUGAUGAUCAUCAUGAUAAUGAUAAUGAUGAUCAUGCGUCGUCGGUCACAGGGCUUCAGGAAUCGAAACACUGGGUAAUAUUUGUCAGACUGAGCCCUCUAUUGACUAGCAAUACUCCCAUAGACCCAAAAUCAGCAUUACUUCAAGAUACUAUUGAUUAUAAAAAUUUCCUCGAGCCGUACGUUGAUGAUAACGUCGAUACUUUGACGAAUUUCAUCACCAAUUUGCUACUUUAUCUCGAUAUCGCUGCCGAUGAAAACGAUAAGAUCGUCAACACUACCGUUAAAGACGUCAAAACUACCGGGUACCUCCCAUUGUUCAAAGAUAUGUCUAGAGAAGUUUUGGGAAUUAGAUCUUUUGGUUUACAAAGUUGUAAAAUCGCAUCUGUCGCAGAUUUCGUGGUUUAUUGUUUCAACAACGAUCACUCCAUUGAUAAUACUAGCGCCUCAAAUGCAACCAACUCUGUGCCUCAUUGCCUGUGCCAACUGGUUUCUCGACUCUUGAGUAUUGCCCAAACUCAUCAUCAUAAAGUCAACCCUUCAAUGUCCCCUUCCAAAUUAAAACAUUCUGACUCAAUCCCCGAAGCAGACGAGCUGCCAGAUGAUAAUAUGAACACCACCGUACAAGUAGGCUCACUUCGUCAUUUCGACAGUUAUGAUGAUAUUGCUUCGGAUAAUGAAGAAGAAAUCGAUUUUGCCUCGGUCUUAAGUACCCUUUGUCAAAAUCCCAAUUUCACAAGUAUCGACGACGACGAUAUGACUAAAAAAUAUGAAAUUUCGUCCCAUAGUCCCGCGAUUUGGGCUUCGAGAACCGCAGAAAAUAUUAUCAAAUCCCCUCAUCUUUCAUUGAGAAAUAAAAAAUUAUCAAAAAUUUAUAACACUUAUACCAUCACUAACCCAUUUGAUAUCCUCAGUUCUUUAUUUGCCGACACUCUGAAUGACAAUGAUUCGAGGUUGAAAUGUUUAAUUCUGGUCCCUCCCUAUAGUGUAGGAAUGGGGAAAGAGAUUUCUCAUUCGUCGCAAAUUACGCCAUGCUCAUCAUCGUCAUCGUCAUCAUCAUCAUCAUCCAAUAUUGAUAUAUUAUCAUCACUUUCAAACACAACCAUACCAAACAACCAUGUCUCUCAUUUGAUAAAUAACUCGGCCGCCGGUUUAUUGAAUGAGUUUGAAAAACAUCAAUUAACAAAUUAUAAUAUAAAUAUGCUGAUAAAGGAAAAAUUUGAAAUUUGUCAAAUCAGUCAAGCAAUGGAAAUUUCUCCCGGAAUUUGGAUAGGAAAUGAAGGUGAUUAUCUUCUUUGGAAACAUCGAAUAAUGACAAAGGGGUUCGAUGAGAUGUCGACAAAAGCCACUGCUAGUGUAAAUAAUAUAGAAGAAGGAAUCAUCGACUAUAAAGAUAAAGUACCGCCAUACUGUGCUGUACAAGAAAGUAUUAUCUUCAACACACCAAGCUCAUUUUUAUCCCCAAAGCAUUCCAAAAACGCCUAUAUGAGUGCCUACAAUAAUAUUAUGACCACUCGUCAAACCAAACCCCAAAUCAACUACCGUUUCUUUGUCGAGGUACAUGCUGCUUCAAAGCUUCCCGGCUAUUCUACCCUAUGCGCAGUAAGAUCGGAAAUGGUCAGACAUAUUUGUAAUCCUAUUUCUGCAUCGUUGGCUACACCAUUGAUCACUUUAUCCUUUCCUGCUCUGGGAACUUUAGCAGGACUUGGAAGCCUCAAUCUUGGUGACAUUGUAACCAUUAUCCACUUUUUGGAUCUCCUCUGUAAUCAGACAACAAGAGAUACCUUUCCUGCCUUGAUUUUUUGUCCAGAAGGGUACACCGAAACGUCUCUUUUGCUUGUGCUAUUUUUGAUGUUCCAGCGCGGUCUAAGAUUCCGUGAUGCGGUUCUAUACUAUUACAACCAAUCAGGUAGACCGUUCUACUUGUUUGAGAGUGACUAUGUGUUGUUGGAGGAAUUGGAACCAGUAAUUUUAUGCUGUAGUCCUUCCCCAAAUGCUGUGAGAUCAUUAUCAGAGUUGGAUAAACGAUUAAGCGACACCAAAUAUAGAAUACUGUCACCGACUUGGGAAGCCAAGGAAAAGGAAUUCAUGUUUUCCAUCAUUAGCGAAAUUUUGAUGGUUUCUUCUUCACCAGCACCAACCCCCUCAUCGUUGACAAUGUCUCAAAAUGGCGAUGACGCUAGCAAUUUCUCCAAUAAUGACAGUGGUUCAUUUGAUUAUGGCUCGCUUGGUGAUUGGUUCUCUGACCUAGCCCAUUCAGCGUCUGGGCUGCUCAUCCCUUCCAGAAUCCUCCCAUCUCUUUUUUUGGGAUCACUUGAUCAUGCUUCAUGUUUACCUUUGCUUGCCAGGCUAAACAUUAAAAACAUCGUAUCGGUAGGAGAGUCUCCUUCCUGGCUAGCAGGUUUACCUAGAGAUUUUUAUUCCAUAGAGCCGUUUAUUCCUAGACCGUGUUGCAAAGUUAACGAUGAUAAUUGUACUCGCCCAUCCUCACUCCCUCUCAAGCUUAUAUCUUUUAAUCGGGCUAGUGUUCUGGCAGAAUCUGACGCUUUUCUUAAAUCAUUCCCCAUUGACAGAGUGCUUAUAGUGAAUGAUAUAAAAGACGAUGGUAUUGAUACCCUCCAUACUUCUCUCUUAUUUGCGAUCUUUGAUUUUUUUGAACAGUUCACUAACACUGAUUUGGAGAGUUUGAUUUUUGGCGAUAAUCCCCCAAACGGCAGCCAUUUCGGCGACGAGUUUGACAGUAGUCUCAAAGGAUUAUCGUCGUCGUCGUCGCAAAAUAACCUUCAUCGCUACUACGCCACUGCUACGACUUUAGUGCAUUGCAAAGUUGGAGUGCUGAGAUCUGCUACUGUGGUAAUUAGUUAUUUGAUGAGAUUCCUAGGUUUGCGACUUGAAGCGGCGUAUCUUUUUGUUAGGGUCAGAAGAUUGAAUAUUAUAAUCCAGCCUAAUCUUAAGCUUUGUUACGAAUUGUUCAAAAUUCAAGAAGAGCUUCUCAAAAAGGUGCAAAAGUUGGAUUUUAAGCCACAGAACAAUGACAAUCCGCUAUCUUCGAUAACCACUCCUAAUCCUCUGAGUCCUUGGAGAAGCCGCAGUAGUAGCAACGGUAGUGGUUAUUUUGGAGGUGCCAACGGGAGAUUUGGUUUGAGCAAUAAUAAUGCUUCAAUGUCAAUAUUCGCCCCGCAACCACCUUCUUCAACUGGAUACACUUCCACUAAUUCAUCUGGACCUCCAUCACGUCGGCUAUCAUUUUCUCUGCUGUUCAGCUCUGGUGCUGACACUGCCGCCAGUAGUUUUUGUGCUAAUCCCUUCCCGAUCCGCCGAAAGAAGAAUAGUAUUGGUAGUUUUGUGUCAGAGCCGUCUUCUGUCAUUUCCGGGAUGAAUUCUGGUAGAUCAGACGCGUUCCAUAUGAAAGAGGCACUGAUAAAUUCGUGUUUGCAGACCGAGAUCACCACCAUCGACAUAACCGACGAUGAACUUAGGUCAGCAAGUGAUGUUGACGAGUACGAUUGUAUGGUAAACCCAAAACGAAGAGCUUUGGGAAUGGUGAGUACCACUAAGGAGAUGAAUUUUGAAAUCAAGUCGACCGGCGGUGAAGUGGUAGAGAUGAGCCACAAUCGGAAAGUUAGUGAGGAAAUGGAGAUGGAACAGUCGAUGCUGAGCCAGUGGUUGCGGAACGUUGAUUGGGCAAUGUUUUGUCAUCAAGUGGCUGAGUUGAACAAUUUUUGA